AGACCUUUAGAGAAGCCAAAGAAAAUGGAAUCGAAGCAUGCCUAUCCCGUGCCUCCUCCCAGCUAUAGCGAAUUCGGUGGCAAUCCAAUUCUAAGGCCAGCUCCAGAAACACAUUUCAUGACGACAGCCCCAGUUGCGUCGGGUACUUCAGUACCGAAUGUCCUGGGCAGCGCACCCUGUAUGGCCACCUGCCCCACGUGCCACAGUCGUCAGCUAACCGCGGUCACAUUCGAGCCCAACUCCAAGACGCAUUUGGUUGCGCUGCUCCUGUGUUUGCUGGGCUGCAUCUGCUGCUGCUGUAUACCCUACUGUGCAGAGUCCUGCCAGACAGCCGUGCACAAAUGCGGUCGUUGUGGCGCCUACAUCGGCUCCUAUCAGAAUUGAGAUCGUUUUCAAGGCUUCGAUUUCAUCACAAGCUCACAAUAUACAUAUAUAUACACUGUAUACACAGAUAUACAUAUACUAUAUGCAUAUAAGUUUGCAGAGCAAAGCACUACGGUUUUUCCCCUCAGGGAGAAAUUUGUUC